GUGACCCGACUUCUCAAUGCCCAUGUGGAUUUAAUACCAAGACUGGGAGUUUCAUCAAUUACACACUUAUCGUACCACCGGGGGGGAAGGAAUCUACCUGCUGAGGAUGCUUCCGGCUCGGGGCCAGCUUCGUUUAACCAGGACAGGAACUCUCAUGUGAGAGGUCCCAUACAUCUCUGCCUUCAUUAUUCUAAAGGUUUCAAGCCUUGAAUUUCCCACCUGGUUUUGUGUCAAGGGUGCGCAUCGAAGCCGAUAGGGAGUUGGGAAGGUUGGAGCCAGCCAAUUGGAGGAGAGAGAUGUGGCUGAAGGUGCACUGGGGGCCUCUGGCUGUGCUGUCAAUCACUGCGCUGCUGUGGAAGGAAGCAGCUCCCAUCGAGGUCCCACUAGAUCCAAGGAUCCAGCAGGACUUGAAACAGCCCCCUACUAUCGUGAAGGAGUCGGCGAAGGACUACAUCGUCGACCCGCGAGAUAACAUCAUCAUCGAGUGUGAAGCCAAGGGGAACCCGGUGCCAACGUUUUGGUGGAGACGGAAUGGAAAAUUCUUUAAUCUGGAGAGGGUGGAGAAGGACUACCAUGUGUCCAUGCGGAAACGUUCGGGUACACUGGAGAUCAGCUUCAGGAACAAUGGAAAGCCCGAGGAUUUUGAGGGGGAAUACCAGUGCUUCGCCUUAAACGACUUUGGCAUCGCUAUAUCCAAUAAAAUACUGCUACGGGUGUCAAAGGCACCACUGUGGCCUAAGGAAAAUCUGGAGCCAGUUGCGGUCAGUGAAGGGUCACCACUUGUGCUGGCCUGUAACCCUCCUCCUGGUCUUCCUCCUCCCAAAACGUUCUGGAUAAACAGUGCUAUGAUGCCCAUAAAACAGGACAAGCGAGUAUCCAUGGGCCUGAACGGGGAUCUGUAUUUCUCCAACGUUUUAGCUACAGAUUCUAACACUGACUACAGCUGCAACGCCCGCUUUCUCUUCACAAACACCAUCCAGCAGAAGAAUCCCUUCACCCUCAAAGUGCAGACAAAGGAGCCUUAUAAUGAGACCCUGUCCUUUCUGAACGACACUUACGUGUAUGGUGCACGUAACAUCCCUGAAACGACACCUACCUUCCAGUCACCUUCGGGAACAACCAGCUCCAAGAUUGUGCUCCGUGGGGAAGAGCUGCUCCUGGAGUGUAUCGCUGCUGGAGUGCCUACUCCUGGAAUCAAGUGGUUUAAGAAAGGUGGGGAUUUGCCUGAGAAGAAGGUCAAACUGGAGAGCUAUAAUAAAACCCUACGUAUAGUGUCCGUCUCAGAGGAGGACUCUGGGGAAUACGUCUGUAUGGCUAGUAACAAGAUCGGCAGCAUUCGCCACUCCAUCUCCGUCCAGGUUAAAGCUGCCCCCUACUGGUUAAAUAAACCAUCUAAUCUGGUACUUGCGCCCAACGAGAACGGCCAGUUGGUGUGUCUAGCCAGUGGAAACCCCAAACCCAGCAUUCAGUGGCUUGUAAAUGGAGAGUCAAUUGAGAGUUCACCAGAAAACCCAAGCAGGCAAGUGGUCGGUGACUCAAUCAUCUUCACAUCUGUGCAAAUCGGCAGCAGUGCAGUGUACCAGUGCAAUGCCUCAAAUGAACACGGCUACUUGCUGGCCAAUGCUUUUGUCAGCAUACUUGACAUGGCUCCCCGGUUGCUAGGACCCAGGAACCAGCUGAUUAAGGUGAUCGAGAACCAUCCAACCUUCCUGAAUUGCCCCUUUUUUGGUUCACCUCUCCCAUACGUACGCUGGUUUAAAAAUGGCGUGAACAUCGCUUUGGAUGACAAAAGGUACAGUAUACAUGAUAACGGUACCCUGGAGAUCAAGCAAGCUCGGCCUGAAGACCAGGGGACGUACAAUUUCGUGGCAAGCAACAUAUUGGGAAAGGCGGAGGAUCAAGUCCGUCUGGAAGUCAAAGAACCAACACGGAUUGUCCGGGCUCCAGAGCACCUAUCUGUCAACCGAGGACGUGUUGCUCGCUUUGACUGCAAGGUUAAACAUGACCACACCCUUGCCAUCACUGUGACCUGGCUCAAAAAUUACAAGCCUUUGCAUUUUGGAUGGCUGAGCAAAUAUAAGAAGGAUGAAGAAUCGAUGUCCAUUACCAACGUCAACAGUGAGGAUGAGGGAACCUACACGUGUACGGUCACGACAGAGUUGGAUCAGGACUCCGCUUCCGCCCGCCUUACUGUUCAGGACAAUGGUUCCCUGUCUCCUUCAGUUACUAGUGCCUCUGCAGCCCGACCGGAUCCUCCUCAGGAUCUGGAGCUGUCUGACCUAUCAGCACGCUCUGUCCGCCUCACCUGGGUCCCUGGUAAUGAAAACAACAGUCCGGUUACAGAAUUCCUUGUUCAGUAUGAAGAGAACCGGUGGAAGCCUGGCGAAUGGCAAAAUCUGUCCAGUUAUGCAGGGGAUCAGAAUUCUGUCAGCCUGAGUCUGUCACCCUUUAUAAACUACCAGUUCCGUGUGAUCGCUAUCAACAGUGUGGGCCAGAGCCAACCGAGUCCUCCAUCUGCCCGCUACCAGACCAGUGGCGCUCCCCCCUUUAUUUUUCCCAAUGGCCUUAAAGGGUGGGGCACCAAGAAAACCAACAUGGAGAUCACUUGGAAGCCUCUUCUAGAUACCGAAAGGAAUGGGCCUGAGCUACGAUACGUGGUCUCAUGGAGGAGGAAAGAUUCCCAGGAGGAAUGGAACAGUGUUACCACUACUAGCACAAAGCAUGAGGUCUCUAAUACUGAGACCUAUGUUCCUUAUGAAAUCAAGAUCCAGGCCGUCAACGACUUCGGACCAGGCCCACAAUCAAACAUAGUAAUCGGUUACUCAGGAGAGGACAGGCCGUCAGAAGCCCCGGACGAUCUCAGGGUGUCAAAAAUAAACAGCAGCAAAGUGAACGUGCACUGGAUCCCGGUCAAUCCCAGCUCCGUUAAUGGAGAAUUUAAAGAGUACAAGCUGUACUACUGGAGGGAGUCCAGUCUGGCGAAUGGCAUAAAGGUGAAUAAAGAGAAGCAAACCAAGAGUUUCUUCAGUGAUGUGGCUCAGAAUACUGGCCUCCUCACCGACCUCGUACCUUACAGCAAGUACAAGAUGUACAUGGUGGUGGCCAACAACAAAUACGAGGGGCCACACAGCAACAUCGCGGAGUUUCAGACCAAAGAAGGCGUGCCAGACGCUCCCAAGUUCUUCAAGAUCGUCCAGAGGAACACAGAAACCAUUCGUCUACAGUGGGACAAACCUGUAGAGCCGAAUGGCAUUGUGAUCGGGUAUACUCUUCAGUACAGGACAGUUAACGGGACACAAGUAGGAAGUCCACAGUUCCUGAAUUUCUUUCCCAACAAGACGGAUUAUACCAUACGUCUGCCCGAUCGCUUCACCCACUACAGGUUCAACCUGUCAGCUCGGACGCAGGUCGGCCCCGGUGAGGUGUUUUCCGUGGAGUCUCCUCAGUUCUCCAGUGACGACUUUAUAACUUCAGUGAUCGAUUCUACAGAUGCCUUGGUCUUUGCCACUCUUCUACCCCCCCUCUUCCCAACUACUAUCCCACCUACAACUAUUAGUACCUCCACAACUACCACCACUGCCCCUACUACUGCUGCUACCCCUACUACUGCUCCAACUACUACAACUACUACCUCCGGAGUUACAACCGCUCCCACCAAGCGGGUGGACAAGAACAUGCCGGUCCCGAAUAUAAAGAUCUGGAAUCUGACCGUGGAUCCUAACAGCGACUACGCUAACGUCAGCUGGAAGCACAACUUCCCGAUCCACAGCAGCGAGUUUGCGCUCGAGUUCACACUGGACAGUAACGGGUCUACGAAAACCGUGAUGUUCAAACAUGGACCCCCUAUUAAGUUGACUGGGCUGACAGCUGGGGCAAAGUACCGGCUACGUGUGUACACUCAUGAGCCCAGGGUCAGCAGCGAGUUUAUCGAUUUCGAGACCAGCGGAGCUUACAGUAACGAUCAUGCCGACAUUGCCACGCAGGGCUGGUUCAUCGGACUCAUGUGUGCCAUCGCGCUCCUCAUUCUCAUCCUGCUAAUCGUUUGCUUCAUUAAGAGAAGUCGAGGAGGGAAGUACGCAGUAAGAGAUAAAAAAGACUUACCUUUGGAUGCCGUCAAUCACAAAGACCAGGACGGAUCAUUUGAUUACCACAGCGACGAGGACAACAAGCCUCUGCAGGGAAGUCAGACAUCUCUGAACGGCAACGUCAAGGAAAGCGACGACAGCCUAGUGGACUACGGAGAGGGAGGAGACGGCCAGUUCAACGAAGACGGGUCCUUCAUCGGCCAGUACACUGUUAAAAAGGACAAGGAGGAGACUGAGGGGAACGAGAGCUCGGAGGCCACGUCGCCCGUCAACGCCAUCUAUUCCUUGGCGUAAAACCUGAGAGGAAGCAGUCCUGGGAAAGCAGAAACACAACCACUAUAUAUAAUAGAACAAUCCAGAACCACAAAUACACAUUGGCGUGCACGUGCCCGUCCGGAAAGCGGGGUGAGAAAAAACACCCCCUGGUUGACGGGAAUUCAGAACACAGACUUCAUUGUGCCUUUAGGGCAACGGGGCACAAGGAAGAUGACGAUUUUUUUGUGUGGCUUUUUUUAAUUUUUCCAAACCCUAAACCUGCUGUGUAGCUAGCAUCAAAGAAAACAAGCUGAGGUCUGGUGACUUAUCUAUAGUGGGUUGGCAUCAGCGUAUGCCAAAAAAUAUCCAUUUCUAUGCUAUACGAAUGCUGUAAUCAGUGCCGGCCCCUUGUCGCAGGCUGUGCCAUACAAAGCUAUGCACUAUGUAUUACCACACUACACUUUGGGUUGGUCAAAUUUCUCGUUUCGCAGAGAGUCACUGACAUGCUACACUUCCUGGCACCCGUGCCCUACUAGUGGACUUUUUUUUUUAAUUUGCUGCUUAUUUUUGCGAAUAUAUUUUUCAUCGGCUGCAACUAUUAUCACUGAUUAUAAUCAUGGUCCUUAUUCAAGCACCAGUACUAGUAAAUGAAAAAAAAAAAAUGAAGCAUGGCAGUUUUUUAGCGCAAGCGACAAUGGAGGGAUAAAACGACUAAGAUCAUUAGCUUAAGAAAACCAUAAUAAUUUAUUGAUUUUUAUAAUCGU